AUGGCAGAUUGCACAGCCAGAACGCAAAAGUCCUACCGUCGACCUCGACGGCGGCCGGCUCAUUUGCGGACGAAGACUGGAUGUCUGACCUGUCGAUCGCGAAAGAAGAAGUGCGAUGAGAGUGGCUCGCCGUGUCAAAACUGCCUCAGAUGCGAUAUAGAAUGCGUCUGGCCAGUUAGGAGACCUAGCCAUGUCGAUGAUCAAUUGACUCAUCCUGGGAGUAGCAGCAUAUCGGCAGAGCCCGCCUCAGACACAGAAUAUCAGCUUGUUGAUACGCAGACACCUUCUAUAAUCGCCUUCUCAAAUGGACCAGCGAGCUACUCGUCCGUCCUUACUCCUGCCGACAGCCAGCUAUUUAGCUUCUUGCAAACCAUUUUCCUGCCACAGCUCAUUCAUCCUGUAACCAAAGGGCUGGAAAGCCUUCGAUGGGCAUUCCAAUCUCCUUUCUGUAUGCACGCACUUCUCGCCUGUGCUGCUGCAGAGAUACCUGUCAAUAACCUGCAGUACCGGCGAAUGGCCGAGAUGCAUUACAUCAAGGCUGUUGCUGGCCUGCGGCAGAGCCUUGUACAAACGGGUGACUCAAGUCAAUGGACAGUUGUCUUGUGGACGGUGCUGAUGUUAUGCAUUUACGAGCGAUCCAAACCACAUCACUCGCAAGGCGUCGAUGUCCAUCUCGCCGGGGCAGCCCAACUGAUUCAAAUGUAUUUUCGACAAAAGAUACCCGAUGCAAGCACUAAUGCAACAGGCGCCUGGGCCCGCUUAUUUCUGGAAUCAUUCGUGUUUCACGUCUCAACGAGCAUACCAUUUCAGCUUACAUCUACACAAUCAACUGCUAUCGACUCCGCCUUUUACCUUGCGGAAAACAUACUGGAGGUUCUCUGUCGACCACAUAUUUCCGUGGAUACUACCUCGCCAGUCCUCGGUGUCCCUCCGAAACUGUUCCAGUAUGUCUACACGAUCGCACGUAUGUACCAACAGUAUCCCGACUAUGGCGUUGACAUCUCCUACUGCAACGAGUUGGAGCAGGAUCUGAGACGAUGGGAUAGUCUGAUGGCAGGCACGGCUGCUCCUGAGCUUCUUGCAGGGCCGAGAUUGUAUGUCUUGUGUUCGCGAAUCCUUCUCAAUCGGCUCAUGAAUCCCGGCGGGAAUCAAUCAGACAGUUUCGUCCGUGAGCUUGUUUCACACGCCAUGGCUCUUGUGACUCAAUUACAGCCAGCACAAGAUUACUUUGCCGAGUACUAUAGUUGGCCACUCCUUGUGCUUGGGACCUGUGCACAGACGCAACCAGACCAGCAGAUAUUGCUGUCACAAAUACAGGGGUUCUGGCAGGCGACCAAUAAUGGCACCAUGAAACGGCUGGAGAACAUGCUGACAGCCUACUGGACUAAUGGGGAAUCAACCGCGCAGAGUAACUUGUGGUUGAUAUGA